AUGACAACGAUGUUCGUCCAACUGCGCCGUGUGGUGUACCUAUUGGUGCUCCUGCAAUGUGUGUGUGUGGCAUAUGCGGUGGGUGGGCCGGCAGAUCCCGAAGAGAAGGAGGAGGUGAAUUGCACGGACGAAAAGGUUCUAAAAGAUUUGAAAGAUCUUGCGGACUACAGCUCAGACCACUACAAGAAGUUGAUAGAACAGGCGGGACAUUCGCUGGGGGCUGCUGAAAAGUGUCUGCAGACAUGGAGGUAUGACGUGAGUGUCUGUAACGAAAGUAUCACUCGUAUUGGAGACGUCGUGAACACAACUGUCCAUUUUCUUUAUGGUGUGAGGAAGUUCAAGAAACUUGAAGUGAAGAGUCUGAAAAAGGAGCAAAGCAGUUGGGUGGGUCUACUUUCUCGGGUUGUGGGUGUGGAAUUGCCGGACCCACAGCCGAUAGAGUGCGGAGACCCGAGGAUCAAGGAAUUCAUGGAUAAUAUUAGUAACAAGGUUGGGGAAUUCAAUGCGAGUGUCGAAAAGGUGGCGGAGCUGGUUAAGAAUGCUCGUUCCAGUCGAUAUAUAUGUACGCCAUACCGUCAGGGUUUGGAAUUUGAGAGGGGGAAAUGGAAGGACGCGGGCGUCGACUGGUUUUUGGACAUUGCGAAAAAGAACUCCAGCGUGGUCUGCAUGGAUAAUGCGACGAGGGAGGGAGUCGCAACGGUCGUUACGGAAUACAAUAAAAUCGUUACCGCCCUGGAUGACAUCAGUAACGCCAGCGCCGGAACGCAAGUCUGCAGGUUGAAUGCCGGGGUGGAUUGGGGUGAGGAUUUUGGAAGGUUAUUGGGGGAUUUAAGAACCGAAUGUCAGGACACCCCUGGGCAAAAGUCGCUGCCAGAAGUGAAGAAGGGAGUUGUGCAAGAGAAGAAUUUGAGGGAGUAUUUGAAGUCGGACACCACAUCCACCACUUCCUCCCGUUCAGGGACCACUGAAACGAGUGGCAAGGCAGAGUACAUCAAGGAUUUUGAUGAGAGGACGGAGAAAGCGAAGCAGAGAAAGAUUGAGGAGGAUAGGAGGAGGGAUGCAGAAGAGGAGGCAAGAAAACGGGAGGAGGCUAAAAGGGUUGCAGAUGAAAGGGCGAGAAAAGAGGAGGAGGCGAAAAGGGUUGCAGAUGAAAGGGCGAGGAAAGAGGAGGAGGCGAAAAGGGUUGCAGACGAAAGGGCGAGAAAAGAGGAGGAGGCGAAAAGAAAUGCAGAAGAAAAGGCAAGAAAAGAGGAGGAGGCGAAAAGAGCCGCAGAAAUGGCGGCUAGGGAAGAAGAGGCGAAACGGGAGAAAAAAACCAGGAAGAAAGACGGUAGCAGCAGUCCUGCAUUGGCACACAGUUCCUUGAUUCUUCUUGUACUGUUUGUGUUGGGCUGCACUCUCGUAUGCUGA